GACUUUGGAGGUAGAGCAGAAGAAACAUCUGCUUUGCAGAUCUGAUGAGCAGCUGCCACCAACUACUCUGGACUCACACACACACACAUACACACACUCAGCCUUGAGAACCUCCUUGCUCUGCUCCCGUUGAUCUGGUCCUUCACUCCUGCCACAGCAUGCAGCUCCUGGUGGGUUUAGCAGCUCUCAUGGGGGUUCUGUUCAGUGUGAGAGCAGCCGCCGUGCUUCCUGUGGAGGACAGGAGCUCCAUCCAUUUAAGCAGGGAGCUGAGCAAAGAGCGUAAAGAGCUGAUCCUGAAGCUGGUGUCAGGCUUGUUAGAUGGAGCUCUGGACACCAACAUGCUGCCCGGUGAAGAGGCACGCGUGGACUUGGAGGAGCCUCUGGAGUCUCGUCUGGAGGAGAGGGCUGUCUACAACAGGCUAGCGUUACCUCAGCGUGACCGCAAAGCCCCGUGUAAAAACUUCUUCUGGAAAACUUUCACCUCCUGCUAACAGCGCCCACCUCCCCUGCUCCGGUCCAGCUCCACAUGAACUGUAGUACAUCUCAGCUGUACAAAUCAUCUUCACCUGUGCAGCAUUGAUGGAUUUCACUAAGACGGUUUUGAAUAUUACCUACUUAUGUAAAAAUCUAUGUAUUUAUUGUACCUGUAGUUAUUUUCAGGAUCUACUAUAAUAAAGCACGGCUAUGGUAUGUAACAUGGUUGCUUUUGCAGAUACACAGAAAGUCACAUUUUUCACCUGCUUCUGCGACAUAAAUACAAAUCAAAUGCAAAAA